UCCGAGCAUGCGCAGUAGAGUCGGCUUCAUCGUUAAGCGUCAGUGCUAUGACAACAAGGGGAUGACUUCAGCAAGUUGCUUAGGGAGACACAAGAAAUGUGUUUUUUUGUCUGAAUAAGAAAACUUCCACUUUUUAACGAGCCAGCAUCUUCGUUUUAAGUCAGAGGCAGCAUGUCUCUCUUCAAGGCCCGGGAUUGGUGGUCUGCGACCCUAGGUGAUGGGGAGGAGUUUGACCAGGGAUGCCUCUGUGUGGGAGAUGUGGAUAACAGCGGCGCAGGUCACGACAAGGUGGUGGUGGGCAGCUACAUGGGGAUAUUGCGGAUCUUCUCCCCCCACAGCAGUACGACCGGAGCGGGAGCUCAGAGCCAGGCUGACCAGCAGCUCCUGGAGGUCCAGCUGCAACACCCCAUCAUCCAGGUUGAAGUGGGCAAGUUCGUGUCGUGUUCAGAUCAGCUCCACCUGGCUGUUCUUCAACCCAGAAAGCUCUCUGUGUACUCUGUCUCAGGCACAGCAGGGAAUGUAGAGCAUGGGGCCCAGUACCAGCUGAAGCUGGUGUAUGAACACAACCUUCAGAGAACCGCUUGCAACAUGACAUCUGGCCCCUUUGGAGGAGCCACAGGCCACCACUCUGUGUGUAUCCAGUCUAUGGACGGUAUGUUGAUGUUCUUCGAGCAGGAGAGCUACUCUUUCGGCCGGUUUCUACCUGGCUUUCUGCUGCCUGGCCCACUGGCCUACUGCCCUCGAACCGACAACUUCCUCACCGUCUCCUCUACCAGGCAGCUGGAGAGCUACAGGUACGAGACGCUGGCUGUGGCCACAGACGCGGAGAGCCGGCAGGAUGCAGAGCUUCCUCUGAAGACAGGGGGGAAGAGACUGACGCCUGACUGGACGGUGGUCCUGGGCGAAGCGGCCCUGGACCUCAGCAUUCCCUCCUUAUCCCACGCCUCCUCCUCCAUCUGCGUCCUCGGAGAGAGGAACCUCUACUGUUUCCGCGACAACGGGCAGAUCCGCUUCAUGAAGAAGCUGGAGUACAACCCCAGCUGUUUCCUGCCCUACGCCUCAGUAGCGGAGGGCACCAUCAACCUGUUGCUUGGGAACCACAACAACAUGAUGCUGGUGUUCCAGGACACGACCCUGAAGUGGGCCGCCCAGCUGGCCAGUGUCCCCGUCGCCGUACGCGUGGCCAACUUCUCGGAGCUGAAGGGGGUGCUGGUGACCCUGAGUUCAGAGGGCCACCUGCAGUGCUCCUACCUGGGCACGGACCCGUCCUUCUUCUCCACGCCCAAGGUGGACGCCCGCGAGGUGGACUACGAGCAGCUGGACGCCGAGAUGAAGACCCUGCAGAGGGUCAUCAGAGAGGCCACGCGCACCCAGGACAUCCUGCCCAAGGCUGACACCGAGGAGGCCGUGACCGUCACCGCUACUGUCUCAUCCAGCAUGGACACCCCCUCGCAAGCGCUGAUUCAGGACAUCGAUGACCUGCCUGUCCCAUCGGUCACUGUCAAGGUGAAGGUCAAGUCCAGCUGUGUGAUGCAGGGGUCCAAACUGACCAUCAGCGUCCGGCCCCCUCUGGCAGUCUCUCAGGACCAGUUCACGCUGGAACCAAUGGGUGCGGGCUCCUCCACUGUAGUGGCGUUCUCUGCGUUCCUGAAUGGCCACUACCCCCCUGCUGAUCUGAGUGGAGACGUAGCAGUGUCAUACAGCUCCCCUACUGAAUUGAACCCAAAAGGGGUUCCCAGAGUGCAUCAGUCCAGGUUUGAUCUCCCGCUGGCGCUGGUGUGCAUGUCCUCAUCUCCCGCCAAGAGCGCCACACACAAGAUCACCGUGGAUACCAACAAGCCGCCCGUCAACCUCACCGCUGUUUUCCCAGAGUUCUAUGAGAAGGCGGAGGAGAGCGAUGGAAACAGUCUGGCUGUCCAGUUCCUCUCAGGAGCCCGCGUCACCGUACUGGCCUCCAAGACGUCACAGCGCUACCGUGUGCAAAGCGAGAGCUUUGAGGACAUGUGGCUGGUGAUCAAGGAGCUGGUCCAGAGGUUUGAGCAUCACUUCGCCCAGCAGGGGGUCAAAGAUCUCCGCCACUCCUUCUCCGGACCUCUGCCCCUGUCCGAGUACUUCCAGACCGUGGACAACCACUUCCAGCUGCGUGUGAGCGCCCAUCAGUACCAGGACCUGCUGGCUGAGCGAGCGGUCCAGUUCCGAGCCAUCCAGCGGCGGCUGCUGACCCGCUUCAAAGACAAGACCCCCGCCCCCCUGCAGAACCUGGACAGCCUGCUGGACGCCACCUACCAUCAGUUGAUGGCCUUAGCGGACGCUGCGGAGGAGAACCGGCUCCUAUUGGAGCAGGCGUUUGUCCGUCUGCGUAGCUCCACCCACUUGCUGGUGCUGCUGUUGAGUCUGUGGCAGGGCCUGACCCCCGACCAGACCAACAUACUGGAGGCUACCCUGCUGCCCCUGCUGCAAGACACACCCACACUGGGCUGGGAGGAGAGCUGUGACGCGGCCGUCUCCCACCUGCUGAGGAGCUGCCUGUCGCGGAGCCCCAAGGACCAGGCGGCCUCGCUGGCCCAGAGCGCGGGGCCCGCCCUGGGCCUGCCCGCCGACACCGGCAGGCUGAAGAAGCACAUCACCCUGCUGUGCGACCGCCUGGGGAAGGGAGGCAGGCUCUCCCUGGCCUCCGAGACCAACGCCCCGGUGCCAGCCCAGGUCCAGACGCUGGUCCGGCCCGGUGGCGUCGAGCCAAUCGCAGAGGCCGCUGGGGAUGCCGAGGACCCGCCCCUCGCCCAAGACGCGGCCAAGUUCAUCAAGAAGAAGCAGCCGUCCAGGAAGGCCAAGAAAGGUUUGGCACCUUGUCCCCCUUCCUCCUGUUGAGCCUCUGUCCUGUGU